UUGGGGUUGUGUGGCAGAGUACAACAAGCAUGGGCGACGUCUACGCGCUGGACCUCGAGGCGCUGAGUCGCAUCGCGGGCGUGCCCGAAGAAGACCUUGUGGCCGGCCUUCAGAGCGAGUCCAAGCACGUGGUCACGGCGCCGCAUGCGUUCGACGGCUUUGUCGUCGGCGUCGACCAGCUCGUGCUGCAUCCCUCCGAGACAACGUCGCUCUUGCCCGUGACACGACCCCGGACGGCAAAAGCCAAGCUCCAGACCGCGGUGCGGACGAUUGGUCGGCUCCAAGUCACGGCAAAGCACAUUGUCGAGCGGCGAAAAGCGGCCUUUCUAGAGGCCACGACGCCGCUGCCGCUGCCCGUGCCCGCGCCGCUCUUGCUCACGUCGCGCAGUGCGCUGUUGAUUCCGGUCGCGGAAGACGCGACCGAGUAUGUCCUCGCCGUGCCCGAGUCGACGCCGUCCGACGUGUACCUCGACGAGAGCACCGAGUCGUCGCUCGUGCGGCGGUUCUCGCACCUCCCGACCGACAUAACGCACGUGAGCGUCGAGACCGUGUACGAGAGUGGGUCGGAUGCGCACCACGUCAUGCACGUGCAGCUCGUCGUCGAGAAGCGCGUGCCGUUCGUCGGGUACGCGCUCCUCAUUGCCGCGCUCCUCACCAUCUCGUCGCUGGGCGCCGCGCUCGACCUCCAAGCCGGCGUCGACCCGUUCGUCAAGCUCUUCUGGCGCACGACCGCGUCGAUCCUCGGGUUCCUUCCGUUUGCAUUCUACUCGGUCCACGCGUACGGGUGGCCGCGCUGGACGCCGUCGCUUUUGCUCGUCUUCCUCUUCUCAUGCGUCUCGUACGCGCUCUUCCUCAUGACCUUUCUCUGGUCGCUCAACCACACGUCGAUCGGACACGCUUACAUCUUCAACAACUGCCACUCGCUCCUCAUCGUGCUCGGCAAGGUGCUGCUCGGCAAGCCCGUCGUGCUCUUUGAAGCGCUCGGGUCGGCCCUUGGCAUCGUUGGCGGCGUCGUCACCACUCUGGAUCACUCGGGCGUCGACGCCAACUCGAGUGCGGUGCCGCCGUCGUGGCAAGGCGAUGUGGUUGCGCUCAUCGGCGCUGUCGGUGGGGUCUUCUACCUCCUCACGGCCAAGAAGCUUCGCGCAGACAUGGACGUCUUCCUCUACAUGACGCUGCUCUUUGUGGUCACUAUGCUACUGCACUUUCCCGUCUUUUACGUCCUUGGGAUCCCCAACGACCUCUGGAGCAUCGACGACACGAUCGGACUCUUUGGCUGGAUCCAAAGCGACCGCCUCGGCAUCGAGCUCUACCUCGUGUUUGUGUGCACGAUCAUCGGCACGAUGGGCUACAUUAGCGUCAUGAAGUACUUUGACCCGAUCGUUGUGAGCGUCGUCAUGCUCCUCGAGCCCGUGCUCGCGACAGCAAUCGGCGUUCUCCUCGGCGUCGAUAGCAUCCCCGGCAUCCUUACGUGGAUCGGCGGCGUCCUUGUCAUCGCCGGCACAUGUCUUGUCGUGCUCGCCGCCAACAAGAAGACGGAAGCGCACGAUGCGACCGAAGCCAUCAUUGCUACGUCGUCGAGCCAAAAAGGACCCGUUCACAUGUGCACCGUCUCCAAGCGCCGCGGCUAAGCCUCGGGAAUACAUACAUGUUUCAUCUACCUA